AGCUCGGUGUUAAGCUGGUUGGCUGGCACGGGCUGGUUGGUCGGUCGGUUGAUGGUAGCCAUGGCUCGAGUUGCUGCGCUACUGCUGCUACCGGUUCUUAUUGAAUCGGUAUUUUCCAUUUCCUUCUUUUUACCGGUCAACUCCAGAAAGUGUUUAAGAGAGGAGAUUCAUAAAGACGUCCUCGUUACGGGGGAGUAUGAAAUCGGUGAACAGGCGAACACUAGAACUAAUCUGAAGAUUACAGAUUCAUCCAGCCACACUCUUUAUUCCAAGGAAGAUGCAACAAAAGGAAAGUUUGCAUUCACCACAGAGGACUAUGACAUGUUUGAGGUUUGCUUCGAAAGCAAGUCACCCAUGGGAACUGGAAGAAUUCCCGACCAGCUGGUCAAUCUGGACAUGAAACAUGGGGUUGAGGCCAAAAACUAUGAAGAGAUUGCAAAAGUGGAAAAAUUGAAGCCUCUUGAGGUUGAGCUGAGGCGACUGGAAGACCUGUCAGAGUCCAUCGUGAAUGACUUUGCGUAUAUGAAGAAAAGAGAAGAAGAGAUGCGGGACACCAAUGAGUCUACCAACACACGUGUGUUGUACUUCAGUAUAUUCUCCAUGUGCUGUCUCAUUGGGCUUGCUACAUGGCAAGUCUUCUACUUGCGGCGCUUCUUCAAGGCAAAGAAGCUGAUCGAGUAGAGCGACUCCUCUGGCUCCUUGCCUCAACGGACGCCGUCUGCUCAUCAGCCCACACAUCCCAGCAUCCACCCUCUUUGGACUAGCUUCAGCAAACAACAGCAAGUGGGGUUAAGGGGCUCAAAAUGUAGCUUCUAGGGUUGAGAGAAAGUAUCAAGAAAAACAAACAUUCAUUUGCGUAUUGAGUGGUUUGGAACAUAAAAAGCUUUGCAGGGAGAAAUGCACUGUGAGACAUGGAAGAGGAAUGUCACGUUCACAUUUCUUUCUGCACUGUUUUGGAUGUUGCAACUUACUCAGUAUGAACUCGUCCCUUCAAUCAGUUGAACAGUUGCUUUUUGGUUUUGAGCUCAGUUUGAAUGGAUGUGCCAUGAGCGAAUGUCUUUGCCCUUCUGUUGAUAUAAACAUUCUUUGCCAUGCCAAGCAAACUACUUCCUUGGUGCCCUUUUAUCAAGUGAAGGCUCUUUGAGAAUGUGGUUUGUUGUUACUUUAAGACAAUUGGCAACCACUGAACUUAUGUGUUGUCUCUUAAUUCGCAUACAUGUUUGGUAGUUAAAUUUAGCCUUGUCUUGAGUUUGUUUUCUUGUUGUAAUUGCCACUUAGUUGCUUCUACUGGUAUAUUUUUUGGGGGGGUGGGUUUGAAUUGUAAGAGUUAUAUUCUCAUAACUGUAAAUUAGGUCACUUAUUUGAGCUCUUGCAUGUCUGGGUAUUUUUUUUUUUUUUUUUUUUUUUUUUUUUUUUUUUUUUUUUUGGAAAACCAUUCAAAAGUAUCCAGGAAUCAAAAACCUUGUUCUUGCACCCACUUGACUUGUAUUGUUAUAUUCGUAUAUAUUUAUGCAAGUUUCUCUUGUCAGAGUGCAGUUGUUGGAGGAUGUGACAAGAAAUGAAAAGUUAUCAAACCAUAUGCCCCUUUUUUUCUCUCUACACUGGUCAGGUUAAUUAUUCUUGUCAAGUUUCCAAUAACAUUUCUUGCAGAUCCAUCCAGUGUUGUUUUCAUUGGAAAUGUUUGAGGCUGGGGCUACAUGAAUGUGGGUAGUUGCAGAUAUCCGUGUUUGUUUUGGGUGGUUUUUGUUUUAUUGUUUUUGUUUGUUUUUCUGACAGGGAUUAAUUGAGGCUGUCCUGGAUACAUUUUUAACAAUGAACAUGCGCGUUGUGCGCAGUCAAUGAUUUUUAUGUUGACUGAUAAAUUUUGUAAAUUUGUGUUGGGCUUUUAUUCAAUAAAAUAUUGGAUGGA